AUGAAGCCAUCUCUAUUGCUCUUGCUUAUCGCUGCCCAUAUUCAUUUGACAAGCGCCCUUCCCUUACCAGAAACCAAGCUGUUUGAAAUUCAGAUCACAGGAAAAGAUAUAAAAGACGCUGGAGCAUAUGUAAUCCACAAGCUGUCUGAAGUAAAGAACAACGUCAAGACAAUCGUCAAGCAAAAGCUUAUAGAUCGUCUCCUUUCAAAAGAACUCGAAAACUACACCCCAGAACAUCCUCAAGAAGAAAAGAGCGAUGAGCUCGCUUCAGUGGUAUUACCACCAAAACCUGGCAUAGUAUCCAAAGUCAUCAAUGGUGAUAAAGACACAGAACAAGGGAACUGUUUUGAAGGGGAUUGUCCUUCUGAAGAAGAAGAAGGGGAGCCUGAAACUGAGCAUGUUGGUUACCAGAAGCCAUCUACAAUUAAGAACUACACUAAAGAUUUAGGAGCUCAUGGGUACUACAAAAUGUGA